AAUUGGCAACACUGACCCUUGUGUCGUAAAAGGGUGAGUGAACCGCCUCAUUGUUAUUUAUUGCAUUUGUCUCUAAUAAUACAUUAAUUAGCCGUUUUACGGGUACAGGCAGUGCAAUAACAUAGGUCGCGACAGCCAUGCCGAUGUGAGUAAUAUACAAAAGGUGUGGCACGUCGCAGGGGCGUCGUUUCGUGGUGCAGUGACAUCGUUGGUGUGAAAAAUAUUUUGCCUAUCUCGUAAGAUGACCGAAUAUAAGUUGGUGGUGGUGGGCGCCGGAGGCGUCGGUAAAUCGGCAUUGACUAUACAACUCAUACAGAAUCAUUUUGUGGACGAGUACGACCCUACUAUAGAGGAUUCGUAUAGGAAACAAGUGGUGAUAGACGGUGAGACGUGUCUGCUGGAUAUUUUGGACACGGCAGGGCAGGAGGAGUACUCGGCGAUGCGGGACCAGUAUAUGCGCACGGGGGAAGGCUUCCUGCUGGUGUUCGCGGUCAACAGCGCCAAGAGCUUCGAGGACAUCGGCUCGUACCGGGAGCAGAUCAAGCGCGUCAAGGACGCCGAGGAGGUACCCAUGGUGCUGGUCGGCAACAAGUGCGACCUGCAGGCCUGGGCCGUCGACAUGACGCAGGCGCGCGAGGUGGCGCGGAGUUACGGCGUGCCUUUCGUGGAGACGUCGGCUAAGACGCGCAUGGGCGUCGACGACGCCUUCUACACGCUCGUCCGAGAGAUCCGCAAAGACAAAGACAGCCGCGGCAAGCGCAACCGCAGAGGGAACAAGAUGCCGCGCGGCCGGUUCAACAAGUGCGCGCUCCUGUAAAUAACGCGUCUAACAUUGGCGAGCGUGGGCAUUACCUUGGAUACGAAGCGAGCGGGCUGAGCCGAGCGAGCGAAUCUAAAACAUGCAACCUACGCCGAUCGGCGUCGCCAAAGGGCUUCAGCUCGCGCCAAAACUUUACGCGACUAUUACUCGCUUCCAAAAGAUACUCCUAACAACGUUUUCGUGUUACCCACAUUUACUCAUUGCUUACAACGAAAAUAAAAACUGUUCUUGUGGGCCGAGUACUUGCCUGUAAGACAAGAAUAACUAAGCAGAUUGUCUUUAUUUCCACAUAACUUUGAUGUCCAUGAAUCCCAUGGUUCUAGUCCAAGAAAUCAAAUAAUUUACCUACCAUUUUGAAAAGAUCCACUUAUCCACUUUAGUGACAUUUUGGUUGGCUUGUCCUCAAAACGAAUUCGAUUCAAAGCAUUGAUUUAAUGCUAUUGCUGUGAUACUGACCCAAUCCUGUCUUCCAGUGGGAAAGAAGACGUGGUUUCCUCCAUAUAGCGAUGUCUAUCCACCAAACCUCAUACAUUGUUGCCAUAUUAUCAUUGACGAGUCAAUAGGAAAUGUCCACGGUCGUCGAUACCUAAUCUUAUGUAUUAUACAGCUAAUGUAUGUCGGUCCCACAUCGGUACUUCGGCCAAUAAUCUCAUGUGCGAAGUGCUGGCGGGAUGACACGGUACGGGCUCGUGAGUGAUGCAAAUCGAGAUUGAGUUUUUGACUGCCUAUAACUAGAUCUGAAGAGCAGCUUCUUACUAUACCUUAAUUCUUUAAACGUGUUUUGAAUUAUAGAUAGGAAUCCAAUGUACACUUUGUAUUCGGCCAUAAUUUAAUUUUGUUUUGUUGUAUAUUUUUGUUGAUGCGAUUGUGAAACUUUUCUGGAGUGCCUAAUUACUGGAACCAAGCGUCAAUUCGUAGUUUCGUAUUCAAUAACGCGUCUCUAAUUUGAUUAGAGGCAAGUCCUCGUGGUUACCAGAUGAAUCUCUGAGCUUAUGACGUAUGAAUUCUAAAUAGCAGAAUAACUUUUUUAUUACUUGUUAUACUUGUAAAAUCUGUACAACGUACCGCAAUUUACCUCGGAGGGCAAAUAUCUACAAAAAUUGUCCUAUAGAAAAUAUCUCCGCUACUGUUAAGACACAUGCCGGCGGCCGGCUAAAAUCAUUGAAUUUAUCUAUAAAAAGUGAUAGUGUUGUUCACCUAUAGGCAUAAAAACUCAAUCUCGUAACUCUCAAGGUGCUAUUAUAAAUCAUAGUACACUUGCAGUGGGACGCGCCCAGUUUGCCAUAGUCUUUUUAUAAAUAUUGAUCAAGUGUCGUUACGGUGAGGAGUUUUUUCAGGUUUUUAGAAUUAAGCUUGCUACACUCUAAACUACUCCAAUAUAGGUAGUUAGAAACAAAGUCUAUUAAAACAUAGCCAAAAUCAUGUUUUACCGAUACUUAUUCGCUUGAGUCCGUUUGAUCGACCGUCAUUGAACAAUGGUUGUGCACAAAUACAGUUUAAACUAUUUCAAGUACAAUUUUAAUUGGUUGUUAGCGCUUUAUAAUGAGUGCAUUACAUCACAUUGUUUAAUUUUAAAUAAAUGAUUAUAAUCCAACCACUCCACCAGGUCAAGUUAACUGACGGUUCUGCUCCGUUGCACAACGUAAGUUUUCGUUUAGAGUCGACUAUUUGUUAGUUGAACUGUUGAAGAUUAAAGUCUGGUGAGAGGAGCGUCGUUUUCUCCACUCGCCUCGACCUAUGGCCUUGCCUUAUCUCCUUGUUCCUAGCGCUGCAACGUUGAUGAAUCACAAUCAAUUAACAUUUUGAGAGCAACAAACAUAAUAACGCGAGCUACAUCAUGCUUAUUUUAACUCUAGUUUAUAUGUACGAUUUGAAUUCAAAUAUCGAAACUAUAUUAAUCAGUCUGAAUUUUGUAUCAUGAAACACGAGCGUGUUACUAUCUGAGCAAUGAGAAUUUAAAUAUCAAAUUAUUUGUUAUAAUAGUGUAUUAAAUAUUAAGAUCAUUGUUAAAUGUUUUCUACUGUAGCUAAUUUUACAUGUAGAGGGAAUUUUUCAUAAUAUUUCUACCGCUAUUAGUUUUAACAUAGACUGCUGAAGUGAUCACACAGUUCUCAUUACUUGGCCAAGUUUACUUCUGCAUGUUGGAGUCAAGUUGGUGUGUAUUUCAUAAUCUAAUAUACAGUAUUCAUAUCCACAGACAAAUAGGAUUGUUUAUAGGUACUAAAUACUUUAAUUAGUUGAAGAAAACGCAAUCGAUUUAGUGAGACUGUGCCCUUUGCGUAUGGCGUGAGUCGAUCGAUACAUUGGCGUCUAAUGUAUUUACUAAUAACAUUUGAUUCUAUCUUUCUCACUCAUCUUGGAAUAUUUGCAUGAGUGAAAGAGAUAGAUAAUGCCAAAAUAAAUAAAUAAAUAAAUAAAAUUGUUUCUCGAUGCGUUUGCGCAGUUGACGCACUGAUCCACAGUCUAACUUGUUGAUUGUACUUCCUACUGUUUUGUAAGACAUUUUGUAUGCAACUGAACUUAUGAUUAUUACUGUAUUUAUGUUAACAAACUAGCAGUAAGGUCUAAUUGCUCUGGGUUAUAGUAUAAUAAGUAAAACUCUGAAAUGAAGUAUCGUUCCAUCGCUUUUAGUCUGUAUGAAGUUAAUAGUGAAAAAAUGAUUUAAAUCAUGUAAGACAUAGACCUUUCUUUAGUCUGUUAUCAGAAACUUGGUACAUAUAGCUAAGCAUCAAUUUUUUUCUGUCAUAAAUUAAAUGUAUGAAAACUGUCUGCCCAUUGGUGACUCCUUUCCCGACUACAUAACCGAAAACUUAUUCUUUUGUAAUUUGGCACGAUGUGACUUAAGUUACUAUUUUAUUGGGGAAUAAAGUACAAAACUAAUAUCUCGUGUUGAUCGGCCGAUUGUUACCAAUGUGAAGACACAUGAUCGCAGUAUUCGUGUACAGUGAGCUGGAUUUACGAUUUAGAUUGCUAUGGGAUAUGAUCACAUCUACGUCAUACCGGUAUUGCAUUUGCUUGCUUCUCAUAGCGUCGUCUCGUUUUACCUACGGAGUCGGAGCAUGACGAUGCUUUACGAAUAUAAGGCACUUUACACACUGAAUGUCGAUGGUUAAGAAGAGCUACAUUUAUUCAAAAAUUGUGUUGACUUCCGUCUGUAGAGAGCUUAAAAUAUUAAUUGAUCUGUAGUGUUAAAAAAGGGGAAAAUGUAGCCCGUUCUAACUCCGACUCUGGGUAUAGUGAAAUGACGCUAUAGGUACGAAAGAUUGAAAGAAUCUAAUACACUUCUCUAAUGUCGAGUAAAUGAUGGGGUGGUUAAAUGUACAAAUAAACAAUAAAAAUAGUUUUUCAGCUCACUGUUAUAACAAAAACCAUCAAGUACCUAUGAAUUGAAAUGUUUUUUUUACUUACAUAAAUUAUAACUUAAGUUUUAGAGGGUCAUCAAGAGCGCCAUUUAUUCAUAUGGAUUGUAUAGAUUUUUAUUUGCAUCAAUGUAUUUGUGUCUGCUGUAAAACAAUGAAUAUUUUGAACGAAUUUUUACAAUAAUCAUGGUUAAACAAUAGUUUCUGUAGGUUUUAAGGAAUUACUUUAUAAAUAUUAUUAAUUGAUUAGACGAAAAACAUGUAUAGUUAAUUGCUUUCUAAGAGUUUAUGAACGACAAAGCUGCCAUGAAAUCAAUUCAUCAUCAAAAACUAUAUUUUGUUUGCCAUAAUAUUUGACAUUUGUUCAUGUUUUAAUCGGAUUAUUUAUUUUUAGUUUCAAUUUUAAAUACUGCGACGAAUGAGAAAAUCACAAACAUUUUAUUGUAAUAAAAAUCAACUUUGAUGCUAGUGCACAAUUUUGUUGGAAAUAGUAGGUAUUUUCGAUUAAUUCUGUAACAGUAUAGCACAAGAAUGUGUGCUAAUUGAAAUAAAUAAAUUGAUGAAUCAA